GUUAUGAUCUGUGUCGGUCCCCCUUGGUCGAACGACGCUUUCAGACGUCUAACGUUCCUAAUUAAGGGAAUGGAAAAACUAGUCUUACCGGUGGACAAACAGUGACCACAAAGAAAGCGACAUCCUUCCAAACUCUUCCCCCCUUUAACUUAACUCUCCUUUCAGACAACAAGCACUCCCAUCGUCAAUCAUCAUCACGCAUCAAACAAUGGCAUUUUCAAAGCUUUCUCUUUUCUUCUCAUUGCUCCUUCUUUCCUUUCUCUUCAUCAACUCCCCUGUCUUCUGUGGCACUGAUGAGAAGGAUAAUCUUCUUAAAGGCAUCAACAGCUAUCGAGCUUCAUUAAACUUAACGAGCCUGACAAAAAAUGACAAUGCUGCGUGCCUUGCUGAUGAACUAGCUGAUCAAUUCAAGAACCAACCUUGCACAAACUCCACUGGUGCCAACACAGUUCCAGGCACUGAACCACAGUUUGCUGACUAUCCAAACCUUUUGGGUAAAUGCCAUUUGAAUGUCUCCAUUACAAGGGAUGGAGCGGUAAUGCCUGCUUGUGUUCCAAACUUGGUUCCAGAUCUUGUGCUCACUAACUUUACACAGUCCCAGUAUUCUGAUAAUCUCAAUGAUACCAAGUAUACAGGAGUUGGGAUUGGCUCACAUGGAGACUGGAUAGUUGUUGUUCUGACAACAGGUACACCUGAAGGCAGCUAUGCACCAGCUACUAGUGCAACUAGCGUGGUUACCGAGAUCAGUUUAAUGUAUCACCUGCUAUUCCUGCUGGUGGCUGCUUUCUACUUGUUAUAAGCACCUGUCUGUUGUUUACGGCACUGUUAUUCAUUUGCAGAGGAUAACAAAAGGACCAUAUUCCAUUGUUUUAACAGAUAGGAAAACUAUGAAUCACCAAUUAUACGCACUUUCUUUAGACAAAUUAAUCAAGUUCUUUGAACUUUGAUACUUGAUGUUGCUAGUCAUAAUACCAUUUUGAAAAGGACUACAUGAGAUCAUCUUAUGCAUGUAUGAGUCUCUUUUUCCCUUGCUUCUUGUCGUUGUCUUGUUAAUAAGUUUGGAA